UACGGGUGUGACGCUCCCUUCCUAUUGUCCUGAAUUUUGACCUGAAAACUAAAAUCUCAUGAAAUCUCUUGUGGACAGUCUGAAUUAACCAGCAUGGCCCACCCCCCCUCCCCCGAGUCAGUAUGUGCUGCAACACUUGGUGCACUUACCUUCCCCGUCGUCCUCGCUGGAGCGCAACUGGCCGUCUUUCAACCGCUUGGAAUCACGCUUCGACAAGGAAGUAGAGUAUCGUCAAUCUGCGGAGGCCUUGCCGUUCUGACCGCUGGAUUCACUGCAUCCAUAGCUACUGCAAAAUCACUCGAGAUUCUACAAUCGACGAUAUUCAAAUCAAAUACUGAGGGUCUGAAUAUCAUAACUAGCCGUGAUGUAUUUCUCUCCUCAAUUUCGAGCCUUGUUGUAUUUAGGGCUCUAGGCGGAAGAUUUUCUAACGUCCUUCCGAGUUCUCUGUUAAGACCCGGGGCUUUUGCUCGAGACUGGCUACCAACCACUCGAGGUAUGCAAUACGCGACCGAUAAGGAGCGAGAUAUGAUUCAAACGAUUGGAAGACGUUACGGUUGUCACUCGUGCGGAAAGAGAAGGGUGUCUAAUUUUGUGGCCGAUCAUCAACCGCCUAGUAAGACUAUUGUGGGGGCGGGUGAAGUGCUGAGUCAGCGAUUCUAUCCUCAGUGUAAUAGAUGUUCCCGGCAACAAGGCGGUUUAUUAUCAAACAACAACGGAAAGUUUGCUGCAUUGAAUCCGAAAUCGAUCAGAACACACUCGCCCAGUUUACGAGUGUAUCAUACUUUUUUACCGCUUCCUUUUGUCUUUGCAUACCUUUAUAGAGGCACUAAAGAAGAAGAAGACGUGUCCGAGCAGUUUGUAGAAGUUGUUGUGCACCAACAAGGUAAAGAGGUCGCAGUUCAAACUAGAUCAAAAAGAACGCUUCACAAAUUAAUCCACGAAUCAGAUCUCGAGGAACUAGUGAUUAAUUUCCCACUGCGUAUUGUAUGGGAAAAAAUAGUACAAUUUUUGGACUCUUUUAGAAAUGCAGGAGAUGCUUUUCAUGUGACUCUUUGGUCAUUCAUAGUCAUUGCUGCAUGCGGUACAAUCUAGUGAACUGUGGUCAUCAAUAAUUUAUUUCAGUUUGUGUAUUUUGUUAAUAAUGAUUACUAAUUAAUUUUUGUAAAUUAAAAUUUAAUAAUAAAUUAUUAAGGCAAUGAUGAA